GCCCACACCGACGCCCGCGGUCGCCACUGCUUUCAACUGCGCAGAGUCCCUACCUAACGCGCACGUUGCACGAUUCUCAAUUCGCCACAUCUACAUUCGUGCAAAGGCACACUCCUUCCACUCAAGCGCAAACAGUCAUGUCAGACCGGGAUGUAUUGCUAUCGAUGGGGUUCGAUCCCGCCCGUGUCGACUGGGCCUUGAAGGCAACCAACAACCGAGGUCUCCAACCCGCAAUGGACCACAUACUCGAGAACGACGGCAAGCCCGUCCCAGAUCUCUCCACCGUGUCCACGUCCAGCGCACCCGCUGCAGGAGCGGGAGGUGCAGAGCAUGAAGAAGAUGAGGAGGAGCUGGAAGCUUUACAAGCUGUGUACGGGAAGGCGAAUAUUGCUCCCGCAGUGGACGGCGGCAGUGCUGGUGCUGAGGCUGAAGCGAAGAGCAUCAAAUGCUCAGUCUGCGGCAAGACAUUCAAGAACACCGCAGUAGCAAAUUACCAUGCAGAGAAGAGCGGUCACGACCAGUUCGAAGAGUCUGCAGAAGAGAUCAAACCGCUCACGGAGGAAGAGAAGCAGCAGAAGCUCGCAGAGUUGCGCGAGAAGAUGGCCGCAAAGCGUGCCGCCAAAGCGAAGGAAGAAGCCCAAGAGAACCUCGCUAACGAAGCCAUCCGCAGGAAAGCUGGCAAGGACGUGAACGAGCUGCGCGAAGAGAUCAAGGCCAAAGAGCUCAUGAAGGAAGCCGAGGCGAAGCGCAGAGAGAAGCUGGAAGACGCGAAGGCACGUGCGGCGAUCAAGGCGCAAAUCGAAGCCGACAAGAGGGAGCGAGCGGAGCGCGCUGCCCGGGAGAAGGCUCUGCGCGAGGGCAAGCCCGUACCAGGCAGCUCGGCGCCUGCUGCUGUUCCCGCCCCCGCCCCCGCCGCUAGCACCGCGCCGAAGACGGCAGGGAAGGACUACCCUGAGACCCGCCUCCAGAUACGCAUGGCGAGCGGCGGACAGCCGUACACGACCACGCUCCCGAGCGAUGCGACACUCCGCGAAGUGGCCGAGUUCCUCGCAGCGCAGACACUCUCGGUCGACGUGGAGACCGUCAACUUCACCAUGUCCUUCCCAAGGAAAACGUUUGCACGCGCCGACUUCUCACGGACCUUGAGAGAGCUUGGCUUGACGCCGUCGGCUGUUUUGAUCGCAUCAUGAUGUGGCCGACGAGAUUUCACAUACCAAGAGGACUCUAUCAAUAGCAUUGAAUUGCUGUCAUUGCAGAUGUACCAAUAUGGAUCUUAUACAAGCAUGGAGGCACCCGGAUACUCCUUGUACUUUGCGGUUCGCACUUUGCGAUUAAAUGUUCUGCACACCUUGCACAGGAUGUGACAUCAUCAGGGAUGGCACUCUCGUGGGAUAAGAUGCCCCUGACUGUUUGCAGAUGUUCGCGAAAGCAAAUCAAUAUGAGCCCAGCUGCAGC